CGCAUGUGUCUGAAGUGUAUUGUUGACAGGCUGGUGACUGACGGCAAACUCGGUUUCACAUAAACAACAGGAGGAUGUGUGAUUGAGAGUCUUGCAACAUCACAUUUUGUAGUUUUCAUGAAUAGUGCGCAUGGUGGAUAAAGGUGUAAAUGCGCACCUUUGACUUGUUCUCCGUUGUGCUCGGUCUCUAUCCGAGAUGAACAGUGCUGUUAGAAGGACUUCCACAACUCUCCACUUGAACCUGCAGAGUUGCCAUGAACAGUCCACUGAGUCCUUCUCCCGCACAAUGGGCCAAAGCACUGCGAAGGACCAGGCUGGGGGAGCGCUGUUUGAAGACAUACCCUCUGAAGUGUGAGGAUCUGCUGAGGAGGGCGAGAAGUGCCUUUAAAGCCGGACGCACCCUCAAGGAGAGCUUCAGACUCACACAGCUGGAGGCUGUGGUGCGGAUGCUGGAGGAACACGAGUGUGACUUUGUGGAUGCUCUUGGAAGGGACCUUCAUAAGCCAAGCUUUGAGACAGUUGUGUCAGAACUGAUUCUUGUGAAGAAUGAGGCACUUCAUGCCUUCAACAACCUUAAGAAGUGGAUGCAGACGCAACAUGUGGAAAGAAACCUGUCCACCACGCUGGACGAGUGUCUGAUCGUCAGCGAGCCGCUGGGGGUGGUGUUCAUCAUGGGGACCUGGUGCAGUCCUGUCCAAACGUGUCUGGCGCCCCUGGUAGGGGCCAUCGCAGCAGGAAACUGUGCAAUCAUCUGCCCCUCGGAGUGCACCGCUCACACUGCAGAGCUUCUUCAUCGUCUCGUCCCCUUCUACUUGGACAAUGAAUGCUACCAUGUGAUUCUUGCAGACACGAAUGACUUGCCUGAAGUUGUGGAACUUAAAUUUGACCAUGUCUUCUAUACAGGCUACAGGGAAGAGGGAAGCAGAAUUGCUGUGGCUGCAGCACGCACACUCACACCUGUCACUCUGAUUUUGGGUGGCAACAACCCGUGUUAUGUGGACCAACACUGUGACAUUGCCACCACGGCACAGCGCAUCGCCUGGGCACGUUUUCACAAUGCUGGACAGAGCUUGGCGGCUCCUGACUACAUCCUGUGCCACAUGGAUGUCACAGCACGGCUGGUGCAGGCCCUGAAGUGCUGCCUGUUGCAGUUCUACGGCUAUGAUCCCAGAGAGUCCUGCAGUUAUGGCCGCAUGGUCAAUCUAGAGAUCUUCAACCGUACGAGGGACAUGCUGUGGAGAUCUGGCAAGGUUGCUGUGGGUGGGCAAGUGAUAGAAACGGAAAAAUAUAUCGCCCCAACGAUUUUGACAGAUGUGGCGGAAUCAGAUCCCAUCAUGCAACAGGACAUUCUUGGCCCAGUUCUUCCUGUUUUGACUGUAAACAAUAUGGAUGAAGCGAUUUCCUUCAUUAACAAGCAAGAAAAACCCCUCUGUGUGUAUGCAUAUUCCAGCAACAGCAAGGUCAUCUCAAGGCUAAUGAGUGAGACCUCUAGUGGAAGCUUUUGCUCAAAUGACAGCGCCCUGCAGAGUCUGAUGGUGGCUCUGCCUUUCGGAGGAGUUGGUGCCAGUGGAAUGGGUUCCUACCAUGGCCGCUACAGCUUUGAUACCUUCUCUCACAGGAAAUCAUGCCUGCUAAGAAGCACAAGGUUUGAGUGUGUCACCUAUCUGCGUUAUCCGCCAUAUGAGGAACGCAAUCUGUCUCUCAUGACAUGGGCCAGUACUCUGUCCCAGAAGAGCCAGGGAUGGUGCCAGAUCAUGUGACUGUGUGGGAGGAUAACACAGCCCUGUUGGAAGAAAGCCACUCUCCUCCAAAGUCCUGAACAGUCCUGGCAUGCAAAUGUAUUGUCAGUACAUUAGAAAUAGCUGAGAAGUAAACUUGCUGGGGUACAGCCACAUCUUAUAUAUAUGAUAGUGGUUGUUUGAUCUCUGGGUGAUGAGUUGUAAAACCAACAAGAACAAGAGAUACUCACCUGUAUUUAAAGUUUAUCUGCUGCAGUACCAUAAUGCUACAACAACUCAAAUGUGUUUGAUGAAACUGUGCAAAAUUAAAUAACAAGGAGGUACAUGUAUAUGU